GUCGGCCGGGGCGUUCUGGACCUGAACAAAGCUCUCCAUCAUGAUCGAUCGUGAAACGGUCCUAGCAUCGUAGAGAGGGCCCUCCCAAAAGUCCCUGAAGAUAAUAAUGACAGGGGAGACACUCCACCGGGAACUGGAGACUGACUGGACUGGCUCAAGCGCUGGCAGCAGCGCAGAGGUUUCAUCUUGAGGGGCGUUGAAACGGUGGGUGGAGAUGAAUUCAACGCCGGCGGAUUGACCGGGAUGCUUGGCAUCGCAUGGGUUUCAGCUUCAUUAAUGCCGCGCCUGAUCACUGCCAACCAUUUGCUCCCUCUCUCGGUGACCCUCCGGUUGUGCUUUUCCUGUCUUGCAUCUAUAAUGCUGCUUUCCUCUUCCUUCCUUCAUUUCCGAAAGGGGCCCUCCCCCGUCAUAACUGGAUCUACUCCCCAUUUUGGCUUUUAGACUCGGGCCAAGGUUCGGGUUCCAUCCGGACCGGCGCCAAUCAAAGCCAUGGCACCAGUCGGGACUCAAUUUACUCCCGACAAGCAUCAGCCCUGGCGUUAUGGCAACUUAGCAACAGCAGGGUUGAGGAUGCUGGUAUUCUUUCUUGGCUCGGACGUUAUCCACCCACACGUUUUGCCCUAGUUCAUACAUCUCAGACCAUUCACUCCUCAGGUCCUUCCUCCACUUUUCCUCGCAGGGUAAGGAGUUGUGCAUAUCUCUGCUCCAACCAGGAUGAGGAUUUUUCCAAACCAUGUCCCCGUUUCACCCUACCUGGCAGGAUUAAUUUAUUGAUGAAAUCAGCGGAUCUCUUUCUAUUCUUGCAAGUGCGAACGGUGGAAGGCUACUCAUCUAUCUGUGGAUGUCACCCGUCAAUUAAUAGUGCUGUCUUCAAGGUCCUGCUGGUUGGCCAAGCGAUAUGGCAGGUAGUGUUUCUGCUCCUGUGCCCAUCCUUUGCAAGAAGCAACAGAAUACUCCCGCAGAUUUCGUGAGGGUCAUCAUCUGAUCAAUCCAAUCCGCUGGUGCCAAAGUCGGAACUCGAUGGUAUUGGGAACUGCAAGUUCCCAGACACUGUCCUCCAGGUCUACAUCACACCACACUGAAUGAUCAUACUAGUCAGCUAUCGUGAUCGAACGAUUUCUACCAGCUUCUAGCACUCUACUGUCAAGGGAGAGACUGGGGGAGAUCUUCG